CACGGUCUUCUUCAAAAACAAACCGGUCGCCAUCGAAGACAAAGCCGAAAUACGCAAGCAAUCGUUCUACCGCCAUCUGUUUCUUCCCAAUUACUCCAAUUAGGGCUAAGCUUUGCAUCGCUAGACAUCUAUUAUCCGCGUAUAUGUGGAGAGGGAGAGAUGGGGGUUCACGGUCCAAUUGAGGUGGCGAAGGUGGUUUUGGAGGUGGCUGACGUCGCUUUCGCCGCGGCUGAGCAUUGCCAUCACCACCGCGAGCACAAGGCGGCGGUGGAAGAGCAUAAUUGUACGACAUCGUCUGAAGAACUGGAGUCUCUCAGGUCCGAGAAUCGCCGUCUGAGGAACUCUCUUGAAGAGAACCUCAAACUUUUUCAGAAAAUCUCCGGAUCUCCCCGUUUGCUCCGAGACUGCCCUCCCGAUCUGCAUGCUCGUCUUGUGACUACUGUGGAUUCUGAAAAGUUUUUGGCUCAGCUUGAAUCCCUUCAUCGUGGAUCUCUUGAUGGAACUGGCUCAAAAUUUCCUUUUGAUGAAUCCUCACCUUCUUUUGUACAGUCAGCUGAACUAAGUAAUGUUGGUCUUGAAGAACAAAGUGGGUGGGUUUUGGUCACCAACGAAAUGAUUUCAGCUAAUUUGGAAGAAGAUAGUGAAAUUGAUAAUGAAAAUUAUGUUGUUAUUACUGAAGAAGAUGUUGUUGAUGGGAUCGCCAACUUUAUGGCUAGAUGUAUUCUCUUAAACCGUAAUGCUCUGAGUUUGAAACCUGAGGAGUUGCAGAAAUCUCUGACAAAAGCAUUGAGUGGUGCGAACAAGUUAGAGAAGAUGGUACACGUUUGGCACCUCGGGAUGAUGUUUUAUACCCUGUCUACCUGUGGACUUGCUAUGGCAGCAUUGUUAAGGCCUCGAGCGACAAUAAAACUUGCUACUACAGGGGUUCAUAAAACCAGCAAACUUGUUAUGAAGGCUCUCUGAAGAUGGUUUCCUUGCUUUUUGAACCCUCCCUGUAAAAUUCUUAAUGACUCCUUGGUGUCUCUUUGCACAAAGAUGCUUUAACGUGUUGCUGUUUCUUCGAAAGAAGUCAGAAGUCAGGCCUCCAUUGAUAAUGUGUAAAUAAUUGUAACUACUUCUACAUGGCACAAUAUGCAGGAUGUUUGGAUUGAAUUGAUCCCCAAUGUGAGUAUAUUUUAGAACUGGAUUAUUUGA